GCAGCCAGAGGAGGCAAACGAGGGGGAGAAAAAAAAGAGCCCAAAGCAGAGGCGGCGAUGGAAGAACUUACCGCUUUUGUUUCCAAGUCGUUUGAUCAGAAAGUGAAAGAGAAGAAGGAGCUGAUCACGUACCGGGAGGUGCUGGAAAGCGGACCCGCCAGGGGAACUAAGGAGUCCGGAGGCUCCAACGAGUCCAGCGCGGAGGAGAGCAGCAGCCCGGCGGCCCGGGGAGCUGGAGGAAGCGGCGGCGUGGGACGGCGAUCGCCGGUGCGAGAGUUGGACAUGGGCGCCGUCGACAGGAACCGGGACGCGGACACUCCUAAACUCAGCGAAGUUUCGCCGGAGCUGAAAGAGCGCAAAGAGGAUGCCAAAGCGAUGGAAGACGAAGGGCAGACGAAAAUCAAGCAGCGGCGGAGUCGCACCAAUUUCACCUUGGAGCAGCUGAACGAGCUGGAGCGGCUUUUCGACGAGACCCACUACCCGGACGCCUUCAUGCGAGAGGAGCUCAGCCAGCGGCUGGGGCUGUCGGAAGCCCGGGUGCAGGUCUGGUUUCAGAACAGAAGAGCUAAAUGCAGAAAGCAAGAAAACCAGCUCCAUAAAGGGGUUCUCAUUGGAGCAGCAAGCCAGUUUGAAGCAUGCCGAGUUGCUCCCUACGUGAAUGUUGGUGCUUUGCGGAUGCCUUUCCAGCAGGAUAGUCAUUGCAACGUGACGCCCUUGUCCUUUCAGGUGCAGGCACAGCUGCAGCUGGACAGCGCCGUGGCGCACGCGCACCACCAUCUCCACCCGCACCUGGCGGCGCACGCGCCCUACAUGAUGUUCCCGGCCCCGCCCUUCGGCCUGCCCUUGGCCACCCUGGCGGCGGAGUCUGCCUCGGCCGCUUCGGUGGUGGCCGCAGCCGCGGCGGCCAAGACCACCAGCAAGAACUCGAGCAUCGCGGACCUCAGACUCAAAGCCAAAAAGCACGCGGCCGCGCUGGGCCUGUGACUCUUCGGCCCCGACGGGCGCGGGGCGAUCCCACGGCAGGCAGCGCGGGGCCCCCGGGGCAGGCUCUCCGGAGAGACGCCCCCGCCGCCCUCCCGCGCUCCGCCUUCAACAGAGACCGACCUUGGCGCCGCCGGAGCGAGGCUUCGGGGAGGGCUGAGCCGCCAGCGCCUGCGCGCCUUCCAAAGUGAAGGAGCCUCCGAGGGUAGCCUCCAGCCGCCAAGACCCGUCCGGGCCCCGCCGGCCCGACGCAGCGGUGGGGCGGGAGAGCCUUCCGAGGAAAUCGCUUGCUUCUUUGACCGAGGGACUUGGGGCAAAGCCUUCUGCUCCCGUUGAUACAAGAGGAGGAAAGGACGACGACGACGACGACAGGCCACUCCCUGGUAAAAUGGAGGGAAGAGCGAGGCUUGUUUGAAGAGUUAGCAAGAACUGUGUAUAGACGCGCAGCUGGGAAGUUCACAGGUUUUGAAACUGACCCCUUUCCUGCGAAGUUCACUUGAAUGCGAGACAGUGGAGAAGAGAGGCGGGCCUCCUUUCACGUUGCAUCUGAUGCUUGAUAAGCUCGAGCAGCUACGAACUAUAGAAGUGGAGAUGGGGGAGGAAAGUUUUAAAAAAAUCGCGGGAGGGGGAGGAAGGGAGGAUAAUAAAGGGGAAGAAGAGACGCACGAUUCUUUCUCCCCCCCCUUUUCCAACGCUAAAACUAAGUCGGAAUAUUUUCUUAGGACUGUUCCGGGUCUGCAUGGGGUUCGGUUAAUUUUUUUUAAACUUCUUGGCGUCCCAUGUUUUGCAUCACAUCUGAAAUCCUGGAUGAGAACGAAGCCCGUCAGUGAAAGAAGCUCGCUCACCGCGCCGACUUGAGGGGUUAAAGAGAGGCCGAGAAAGGGGUGCUCCUUCUCUCGCCCGAUCCCAUCGAAAUCAACGGGCCAUGUGUGAGAGACAUUCCCGACCCUCAAUUAGUACUCCAGCCAUGGUCGCUUAAGACUCUCCUGAUCUUUGACUUGGGGAUAAAUCGGGGUGUCCGAAGAGUAGGUCAAAAAAGUCAAAAUGGCCGCGAGGGUGCAAUCGAAGGCCCGCCUGCCUUCUACAAGCCGCCAUGUUGACUUUUUAAAUCAUACCUUGCAGACAGCCCCGCCAUAGGUUUUAAUGAUGACUUAUUUUCCAAAACGUAUGGCCACAAUCACGAUUCCUUGGAUUCUAUUUGCUCCAUCCCUGUUUUUGGUUCAAACAUCCAGUCUCCUUUAAGAGUUCUAGAAAAGAGAAAUUCUAAUAAAGCCGCGACUGUGUUAUAAAUUUCGGACCCCCAGCCCUACGCCAAGGUUGUCUACAUUUUCACAACCUCUCAUUGAGAUCAACGGGAUCCGUGGCCAACACUUCUCAUCCCAUUGAUUUCAAUGGGAUUGGUAUGUAGCUUGUUUGGCUGUCGGAUUUCUAGUAACCUUGGGUGUCUUCCUCCUCUUUUCUCUGCGCUGUACGGACGGAAGGGUAUCCGCGGCCAUCCGUAAGGCCAUCUCUAACACUGGCAGGGGGUACGAAGUAUAUUUUUUAAAAGAAAGAUAUUGGUGCACAAAAGCAUUUACAGUAUUUCGGCGAUGGUGAAUAAUUGGUGAGUUGAGUGUUCCGUCAAACCUUUCGAUCCGGUCUCAUAAAGGUGCAUCCAUUCCCGUAACCUUGUGAUGUUACAUAAUCUAUAUCAAUGUAUUUUUUUUUCUUUUCUGAAGAAAUAUAAAUAUAUAUAUAUAUAUAUAUAUAGCGGUAAUUUGAGCGACCGCGAAGUAGUCGGUCCGUCCGUUCGCUCCAAGCCAGAGCUGCGCGCUCUCUUUUUGCCAAGAAAAUGAAACCGAGAGGGGGAGAGAAAUCUCUUUGUCAUUGAACUCUGCUAGGAACAGAGCUUUAUAAUUAUUUGUUCUCCAUGAAAACAAGCAAAACAAAUUAUUUAUAAUGACCGUAUUUUUUCUAGUGUAUUUUAAGUUAUUGAGGAGGGGAAAAGAAAAAACAAAGUGGCCAAGAAGAAAGAAACGCUGGUAUUUUAUUUCCGUGUUGUCGGCACGAGAGUUUGUUCCACUCAGGUUUGCUUCGCUUUUGUUUGUUCAUUGUCGACGUCACAGUUUUCAAUAAGUGCCAAGUUAUGAAUUAAGACACUUUGCAAUCUAUUGAAUGAAAAAAAAACCGAGAAAGUAAAAUUUUAAUUGAUGGUUUCGCACAACUUUUGUUCCUGAUCCUAUUAAAUCAAUAGUGCCAUUCUA